AUCUUUGUUGUUUUUGGAGAAAACCCAGAAAAAGAAAAAGGAAAUAAAAAAAGUAAUAAAGAAAGUGGAAAAAACUGAACCAUACUGUAGAGGAGGAGAGAAUUCACCUGGAAGAUGAGGACGCCGUCGUCUGGAAGCAGUUCCAAGAAGUCGAAUUACAGCCGCACGUACGAUUUCCCGGAGGAACUGGUGGAUUCCGGCGACUAUGCCGUCGGGGGAGCAAUGCUGCCUAUCUUCCUCAACGACCUCAGACCAAACCACCGGCAAGAUUUAGUUGAAGUGACAUUGGAGCUGGAAGACGACUCCAUUGUCCUCUGCAGCGUUACACCGACUGCGACAGCGAACCCUGCCGGAGACGAAGCAGCCACCGGUUUCCUAGGGAGGAGCCUGUCGGCGACUUCGAAACUCUGCCGGAAAUUCUCGUGGCUGAGGUCGACAUCGUCGCGGGCGUCGUCGGAGGCCGAGGACCCUACAAUCUCCGCCCGUGACGCUCGGAAAAUCACCGCCAAGCUUCAACGGACGAGAUCCAGCGCUCAGCAAGCUCUCAAAGGAUUGAGAUUCAUCAGAAAAACCACGGGAGCAUCAGACGCGGACGAGCUCUGGAAGAAGGUAGAGUCAAGGUUCAAGUCUCUGGCCAAGGACGGCUUACUCUCCAGAGAAGACUUCGGCGAAUGCAUAGGAAUGGUCGACUCCAAGGAGUUCGCAGUUGGGAUCUUUGAUGCAUUGGCCAGAAGGAGACGACAAAAGAUGGGAAGGAUUACCAAAGAAGAGCUUCGCGACUUCUGGUUACAGAUUUCAGACCAAAGCUUCGACGCCCGUCUUCAGAUAUUCUUCGACAUGGCUGAUAGCAACGCUGAUGGAAGAAUCACCAGGAAGGAAGUGCAGGAGCUCAUAAUGCUAAGUGCUUCUGCAAACAAGCUGUCCAAGUUGAAAGAACAAGCUGCAGAGUACGCCUCCCUGAUAAUGGAAGAAUUAGACCCUGAAAAUCUUGGGUACAUCGAGCUAUGGCAGCUGGAAACGCUCCUUCUACAAAGAGACACCUACAUGAACUACAGCAGAGAGCUGAGCACCGCCAGUACUGUAGCAUGGAGUCAGAAUGUAAGCCCCUUUAGGCCCAAGAACGUGAUGCGUAGGGUCAGUUUUACAGUCAGGUGUGUCCUCAUAGAGAACUGGCAAAGGACUUGGAUCAUAUUGUUGUGGGUGAUGGCGAUGGGCGGGCUCUUUGCUUGGAAAUUGAACCAAUACAGGAACAGGGCAGCAUUCCAAGUCAUGGGUUAUUGCUUGGCCGCUGCCAAAGGGGCGGCCGAGACUCUAAAGCUCAACAUGGCCCUCAUCCUCUUGCCAGUUUGUCGAAACAUGUUGACCUGGCUUCGGUCCACUAGAGCUAGGCUGUUCAUUCCCUUCGACGAUAACAUCAAUUUUCACAAGAUAAUUGCAUGUGCUAUAGCCAUUGGAGUCCUGGUACAUGCGGGGACCCACCUGGCUUGUGAUUUUCCUCGUCUGGUGAACUCAUCCCAAGAAAAAUUUGAUCUUAUAUCCUCUGAUUUCAAUCACAAAAAGCCCACUUACAGAGACCUUUUGGGGGGUGUGGAUGGAGUGACGGGGAUUUCCAUGGUGAUUUUAAUGGCCAUCUCGUUCACAUUAGCCACACGCCGCUUCCGGAAAAAUGUGGUGAGGCUGUCAGCACCCUUCAACCGACUGACUGGCUUUAAUGCAUUCUGGUAUUCUCAUCAUCUUCUUGGUGUCGUCUACAUUUUGUUACUGAUCCAUGGGACCUUCGUGUUCUUGGUCCACCAGUGGUACGAGAAAACGACAUGGAUGUACAUCUCUGUUCCAUUCUUGCUUUAUGUAGCUGAGCGGAGCCUCAGAACAUGUAGAUCAGAGCAUUAUUCUGUUAAAAUAUUGAAGGUUUCAGUACUACCAGGAGCUGUCCUCAGCCUAAUCAUGUCCAAGCCAAAUGGAUUUAAGUACAAAAGCGGGCAAUAUAUAUUUCUACAAUGCCCAGCAAUCUCGUCAUUUGAAUGGCAUCCAUUCACCAUUACUUCUGCCCCAGGAGAUGACCACCUCAGUGUUCACAUACGGACAGUGGGAGACUGGACCCAAGAACUGAAGAGAGUAUUCACUGAGAGUAAUAAUUCACGGUCUGUGAUUGGAAGAGCCAAGUUCAAUCAACUUGGGCACAUUGAUCAGAGAGGUCUCCCCAGAUUGCUGGUUGAUGGUCCCUAUGGAGCUCCAGCACAGGACUACCUAAAUUACGAUGUCUUACUCCUUGUAGGACUGGGAAUUGGAGCUACACCUUUUAUAAGCAUCCUCAGAGAUCUUUUGAACAAUACAAGAACAGAAGAGCAAACAGACUCGACCACAGACAUCAGCAGAUCAGAGGAUAGUCUGAAUAGUUUUACAUCUUCAAACUCAACACUGGGUACACUGGGUGGAAAGAAGAAAUCACAGAGGACUACAAGUGCUCAUUUCUACUGGGUUACCAGAGAACAUGGGUCAUUCGACUGGUUUAAAGGAGUAAUGAAUGAAGUAGCAGAAAUGGAUCUCAAAGGCCAGAUUGAGAUGCACAAUUACCUUACAAGUGUCUAUGAAGAGGGUGAUGCAAGAUCAACCCUGCUCACCAUGGUCCAAGCUAUCAAGCAUGCGAAACAUGGUGUCGACAUCCUAUCAGGCACCCGAGUAAGGACACACUUUGCAAGGCCAAAUUGGAAGGAAGUGUUCACAAAAAUAGCUUCAAAGCAUCCAAAUGCCACAGUAGGGGUGUUCUAUUGUGGGAUGCCAGUGUUGGCAAAGGAUCUAAAGAAGCUAUCACAGGAGCUCACUCAUAAGACAUCAACCCGCUUCGAGUUCCACAAGGAGUAUUUCUGAGACAAGACACGACACUGAUUAAAAUAUCAGGUUCUUAUUUUUGUAAUUAUUCAAAUGAUCCUGAGGAAAUAUAUACACAUGUAACUCCAUGAUAAUCACUCAGCAAAGUGUAAAUGCAACUUAUAUACUAUUCAUAUGUGAUGGUCAAUACAGUAGAGAUCUAUAUAAAUUAUAGAAUAAAAAUUUAAAGAUUCCCAACCACCA